AUGGGUAAAAAAGACAAAAAGGACAAGAAAGAGAAAAAAGACAAGAAGGAAAAGAAAGAUAAAAAGGAGAAGAAAGAUAAGAACAAAGAUAUAGAAGAAGCCUUUGAGAAGGAUAAGGAAGACAAACCUCAGAAGGAGGAGAAAUCUAAAGCUCCAGAAAGUCCUAAGAAGGCAGAGAAGUCAGAGAAGUUGGCUAAGAAGGAAGAAAGCAAAAGUCCUAAGAAAUCUAAGCCUGAGAAGUUUCCUCAACCUGUUGAAGACUCAGAUGACGAUGAAGUUAAAACUGACGAGGAGCUUAAUGCGAAGAUGUUGGCUCUACAGCAGGAGAAGGAGCAAGAGGAAAAGCUGAAGAAAAGGCAAGAGCAAGCUCAGCUUUUCGAGCAAUACCUGGAGCAUAGUGGCAUGACAUAUGCAUUCGAGAUAAUAUUUUAGCGAAAUUAUUGCCAAACAAAUUAGGGAAGACCAAGUGUUUGCCUAUACAGCUAUGAGACUCAGGCAAAUAGGGAAAGAGUUAGACUCAAUAUCUAAGGAAGAAGGUAAAUCUGAUUCUGGUGAAUAAAAUCUGCAGUGCAGCAGAAUUCCAUUCGUACAAGUAGGUUUCGUUAACUUUUCAAUU